GUCAUAGCGUAUGCCAUGAAGGAGUAUGGCUGGACUCUGGAGAAGGCCUACAACUUUGUGAAGCAGAAGAGGAGCAUCGCUCGGCCCAACGCUGGUUUCAUGAGGCAGCUGGCCGAGUACGAGGGCAUCCUGGACGCUAGUAAGCAGCGCCACAACAAGCUGUGGAGGCCCGAGGGAGGAGAGGACAUCCCAGAUGAGGCGUCUGGCCAGUGCUGUGGCGGAGAGGAGACGCCCGUGGAGGGUGAGGCCUGGGGGGGAGAGGGCUGCGGAGCCUCCCCCCUGCCGGAGCUUGGGCCUGGAGGUGGAGCCCUUGGACCCCCUCAACUACAACUACUACUUCAGACGGCUGUCGGACACGGCCCUAGACAGCGAGCCCUCCACCCCAGUGCGUGGUCCUCCCCUGCUGGGCAUGGAGAGGGUGUUUAUUGAGAUCGAGGAUGUGGAGAGGGACGCCCUUCUGGAGGACGAGGGCUUCCCCAUGGCCCAGCUGGCUCUGCCCGGGGAAGGCACCGCCGCCCAGACCUGUGGGGGCCGCCUGGAGCCCCUGGAGGACAUGAGGCUGAGGCUGGAGUUCAGCACGGUGGAGGAGGAGGACGAGGAGGAGGCGCAGAAGGAGGAGGCAGAGAUGGCCGCCCUGGCCUGGACUGCUGCAGGAGGAGAGGGAGCGAGAGAGGACGAAGAGAGGAAGGAGCAGGUCAACAUGAACCGCUUUAACAACGAGAACGCCAACAACAGUAACCGCCUGGCUGCCAAGCGCAGCUGCCCCGCUACCUUCGACGACAGUGCUAGCACAGGAAACCCUUACAAAGUCAAGCCCUCCUACCAGUCGUGUAAAGACUGCCUGCGUCUGCCACCAGGGCGGCGCUGUGAGUGCCCAGCAGGAGGCCGCAGCCACCGCCUUAACCCCACACGUCACUGCGGAGUGGUCCCCACCAUCUCCAUAGACCCCCCUGGCACCCACUUCACCAACACCCCUGCCCCCCACUCCCCCUGCACCCUACCUGCCACCAUUGCCCGCCUGGAGGCCUACCGCCAGCGGCUGGUGUCGCCCAUGAGCUGCGAGGAGCUGCCCAGAGACCGACACUGCUCCUUGGAGACGGAGGACAUGGACGAGCUGCAGGAGGAUGAGGAGGAGGAAGAACAGGAGCCAAGGCCAGGCAGGGAGGUUGGGACCGGAGCCAUCACGGAGCUCACGUUUAUGAAGCUCAGCCUGGACGGGGAGAGGCCAGCAGGUCAGUCUCCUAGUGGAGGGGUGGAGUUGCAGCCUGCUGGGGUGGAGUUGCAGCCUCCUGGUGGUGGAGUGGAGCUACAGAGGACGGGGCCUGAGCUGGGGAUGGGGCUGGUGAGGCAGAGGGCAGAACAGCUGGAAAGGCUUUCAGGCCUUGCCAUGGAGGGUCAACUCUCAGGGGCUGGGCUUGCUGAGCAGAUGGACCUGCACUUGGCGGUGGAGGAAAUGGAGGGGGAUGUAUGGAUGCAUUCUGAAACCCCCAUUCCAUCUACCAGCUGCAUGGUCACAGCCGCAGACCCCCAGAUGAACACCACCCCGGUGUCAUACCCCCAGGGUUCCGCCCAGACCUGGACCCCCGUGUCCUCCCCCCACGGCUCCACCCUCACCCGGAGCUCCAGCAGCGACAGCCUCCACAGCAACCGCGGGGGACACCAAGGCCUGGUCCGGCAGCGCACCCAGGAGAUAGAAACCCGCAUGAGGCUGGCCGGUCUGACCUUCCCCUCCCUGCUCAAACGCUCUAGCUCCCUGGCCAAGCUGGGAGGCCUCACCUUCUCCACCGAGGACCUCUCAGACCUAGCUGAUGAUCAGGCCCAGCUGUUCUCCACCGAGCCACCAGCCUGCCCCUCCACACCAGGGGGAGAGGAACCCUCUGAGCCCCCAUCCACCCCCAGGAGCUGACUGUGUUUCCAGUGUGUCUCCUCCAGACAGGUUCCGCAGUCAGAACUUAGGGAGCAGGUUUGAAGGAGGAUGAAGUUUGCCAGGUUUGCUACAGGUGUCCUGGAGACAUGCCUGGAGAUUCCUCUGUCUCUCGAGACAUAUUAACAGCAUGUUGGCUGGAAGAAAGAAAAAUAACAACGCAAUUCCUAUUAUACAUACAUGUACUGUCUGUUUGUCAAUCCAAAUAAGAGAUACUGUUUUAGAAGGUACUCUCAAUGGAGCUCAAUGAAUGUGUGCAACUGAGCCUCUGCUUCGAUUCGUUCAACAUCUCCUCAUGUGCCCCUGAACAGACAGACGGUUGAAUAUUGAAUCCUCACUUACUGUAUUUUCCUCUUGCGUUUUUGUGUCACCGAGUAACGACUUCAUCAUAUGAGCAUCUUCCUGCCUCUUCAAGCGAAGCAGUGUACCUCAGUCGGAACACAAGCAUCUCAAGAAUAUUUUAGUCCAUGACUGUCUUUGUUGACUUGCCUCUCUUCUCAAUGACUGGUUCAGCCAGCCCUCCUCCAUUUGAGGUACUUCAUGAAAUAAUGUCUUGGAAAAGUGGUCAAUAUGCUAUUCAUGGCCGUACAGUGUUACACAACGUGUCCUCGUCGUCACGGCUACAGCCUCUUCUUGAGCAAUGCUAUGGAUGAUGGGAAGAACCACAGAAAGAGAAGUAAUAUUGACUAAGUCCCGUUUUCCAUUCUCUCCUGGUUUCUUUGAAGCAGUUUAGAGGGAGCAUAUAAACGUUGGAUUUGUUUAGGUUUCGCCACAGCUGGCAUUUCACCACUGCUGUGCAAAGGCAAUAGGCACAGUAGUUCAAUGAUCUGAUUGAGAACUCAUCGUCAUCCUUGUAUGGUUUGAGAGGAUUUGUGGGCAACUGAAAGAGUUCAAAUUGUUUUGGGAUUGGAUUUCACAAUGCUGUAUUACUCUACCACUGAUUAGUGCGCUGUCCCGUCUUCUCCAGGUCAGCUGUAGUCCGACAUACUGUGUCUGACACCAUAUCUUUCUUCCAUCAUCUCUGCAUCACUCUCAAAAGGCAAUCAAAUACAUUAGCUUCAAGUUUUUUCUCUUCUAUUUAUUCUCCUCCCUAUUGACACACAUUUGUGGUAUUGCACAGUAGGUGUAGGAGCUUUGUGAAACCGGCUUUAUUCAACUGUCAUUGUGCCAGAGCAACAUCGGACUCCCUUUUAUUUGUACUGUAACAAAAAAACAAAAAUGGAAUCGUUGCCAUACAUUGAAGCAGAACUACUGUAUAAGUCACAUUUGUUUGAACAGCUUGCUUUUGCUUUCACAGACCUGGGAGUUCCACAUGUGUCUGUGGUGUCAGCAGCACAGCGUAAUGGGCUUUAGCUGGAUCUGUUUGGGAAAGAAGCAGCUUUUCUCAGCCUUUCGCACGGCAACACUAACAGCCAAACAAGGAAGUUGGGACAAAAAAACAAGUUGAGGCAUUGGAAGGAACAGACGAUUAUCUACCGUUAUAGUUUCUCAGAAAGGGGUUACAGUUCUGCUUUCUGUUGCAGUCGGUAGAACAUCAGUAGCUAGCUACUACAACUUUUAGUUUAUUUACAGCAGACAUGAGAAACUUCCGAAGCUGUGUGUAGAGCAGCAGCACAGUAUGACAGGCCAAGUCUGACUGGAGGCGCUGCCAUCCCGCAUGCUGUUUGACCAAUGUUCCCUUAACUUAACCCCUAUAUUUAUCAGUCCGAGUAUUUAUUUAGUACAGGUUCUAAUUUGAUAAACUGGCGCAUAAUAUGCAGGUAGUUGACUUCUUUGUGGCCAGCCUAAACUUACUUUGCCCCAAAGGGUAUAAUGCUUUUGAAAGUUGUUUGGCUGUUUAUAAACUAAUGCAUUUGGCAUGUUGAGUGUGCAAGGAUAAUAUGUGUGAUGGUGGCAGUGUGUGUGUGUGUGCAGGCGCAUGCAUACAUCAGGAGUUUAUUCCCAUGGUUGUGACAGGAGUGCUAUGUGACGAUGGGAAAGCUGUCUGUGUAUGAGUGCAAAACAUCUGUUGCUCUUUUAAAGUAGGGGAUCAAUUGACUUUUUUUUCAAUUGAGCUGUACAUAUGUCAUUGCCACUGACGAAAUGGCCUAUACUAUAUGUAGACAAGAUUGCUUUUGAUUUGUGAUAACUGAACAAAGACAAAUGAAAAUCACUCGUUCACCCAAAUUACAAAAUGAGACAUUGUUUUCCUUACUCUGUAAGCAGUCUAUGGACAAAGUAUGACAGGAAUCCAUGCUAUGGUGUAGUUUCCCUAGCACUGUUUCCAAGUCAUGGGCCCCAUUUUUAUGAGAUUUUCUUGAGCAUCAUGUUUAAAACAUCUAUAAUUGACUGAGUUUCUCAAUCAAUUUUGGAUACUUUCGGAUGAUUUGGACAUGAUAAGCGGAAAAUUCUAAUAUCGGUCCCCUGACUUGAAUGGGAUUUGUGCCAAAUGUAGAAACGGUGCCAGAGUAACUAAACCAAAGAAUGGAUUGCUGUCAUACCUUGUGCAUAGACUGCUUACAGGGUAAGGAAAGCAAUGUGUAAUUUGGGUGAGCUAUCCCUUUAAUCAUAUGAGUGGCUCUGCAUUUGUUAUAUUAGCAACUAUCGUCAGUGUUUGUUACUCAGAGGUACUGGUCAAAGCAAAUUUGCAUUUAAUUUGGGUACAAACCACAUUAAUGGGUUGGGUUCUGUGGUCAGUGAACACUUUGUGGUGUUUGCACUUAAGGUUACUGCACUUAAGGCACUGGGUGAAUUUGCCUGUGUUCACUGGUAGGUAUUCAAUUUUAAAGAGGUUGCCUCAUAGGAAAUACAGUUAUUAGAAUGGAAUAGGAAGUAGUAGCGUUUUAAAUUGAGUUUUGUCUACAAAACUGCCCCCUGUCCCUUUUAAUUUUUUUAAAUUUUUUUUAUUGAAUCUCGUUCAGCCAAUCCGAUGUCUAGCACUUGAGGUCACCAUAUAUCAUUUGGGUUUGCGCUUUAUUCCAACCCACUGUUAUAAUGCCUUCAUGUAGCGGUUAUAAGCAUGAUGUAACUUCUGACAUAUAGCAGGUUAUUAAAAGGGUUACAGAAUACCCUAUAAUAUUAUUAAGAGUGGAAUUAGAUCCCGGCGGUUCAAAUAUUUAUUUCACGACACUGGUGUGGUGAUGACGACAUUAUUGUAGGAUCUGUUUGGUUGGCCAGUGGUGCCCAGUGUUCCGUCAUGCUCAUAGCAGUGAACAGCAGGCCGUAUGACGGAGGAUUUAAGUGCAGUCAAAAGGAGUGUCUUGUCUUGUCUUUAGUCCAUCACAACUGAUGCUAUGCUUAAAGCUACUGCACUGUUUUUUUAAUUUAAAAAUAAAUCUAUUUCUACUUAAGUGCCUUAACCCUGGCCUUAGCUCUGUCUGUCCUAACCUCGUCACAGGCUUUGCAGAGUCAUUGUGAAUGAGUGUAUCCAUGGAAACGCCACUUGCCCUCUGCCCCCCCAAAAAAAUAAUUAUCCCUCGAAAGCUAUAUCUUGAUACACACGGGGCACACAAGCUCUCACUCCCACACGUGUAUUUGCUUGACAGGCUCAUCAAUUGCUAUUAUUUUGUUUUCUAUUAUUGAGACCAAAGUCUGAGGGGUUUAUUUGUGCAAAUGGGCACAGAACAAAGUUUUCUACAUACAUUCCCAGGCAUCUUAGGGUUCACCUGCCCUUACUUGACAAUCCUUAAACUGGUCAAUGCUUUGAGAGUGUGAGACAGAAAGCUGGGUAUAGAGACCCUGAGACAUAGGAAGAGGGGGAACUUAUAUGUCAAGAUGUUCAUGUCAAGAGUAGAAGUUGCCAUCUUUCCCUGAUAUUCAUUCCUUACCAUAAACAAGUGUUCGAUGUGUUUUUGCAUAUAAGGCAUAAAUGAAUGAAAACUCAUAAAACAUACAUCGUCAUAUUGAGAGUAAGUUUUUUUUUUUACAUUGAUUGAUUGUUUUUGUUAUAUAUUUUAUUUUUUACAUUUUAAGCUGUAACUUAUCGUUUGCACUAUGUUAAUGUGUAAUGCACUUUUUAAAACAUUUAUUUUACAUUUUGUUAAAAGGAUGUCCAGUGGAUGUGAAUCAUGGAAAUAAACCAUUUCCUCUGCAUAACCUAUCUGCUGGCCUACAGUGGAUCAUACUUAAUGUGGAGGAGACAGUCCAGUCCCUCUUCUGACACUUGCAUUGCAACUACAUGCACAUAGACCGUUGGUUCCCAAUCUUUUCUGAAUCACACCACACAAGAAAACAAAUGCCAAGGCUCACUUUAAUCUGACUUUAAUCUGACUUUUUUUCUGACUGCAUCAAACACAAUUACGCCUCGAAGAAAGGCAACUCUAAUAGGCUAUAUUAAGCAGCCAGCUUGAAGUUCCAUGUUCCCUCCGUUUCCUCCUCCACACUGCGUGAAGCAAACGUUUUCUCAAAUGCGAGACAUUUAUCUAUCGUUUUAAAUAUGGUUCACUGGAAUCUUAAUGUUAUGGUACCCAUAUAAUGACUAAGUGUUGACCCCUUUAUAGACCUUGCAGAGUUUCAGCUUUAUAUUAACUAGAAGAAAGGACUGAUGGUCUACUGCGGUGCGUCAAAUAAAAGGGAUGUUAUUGAGAUCUGCUUUUGUUUUGCAGGGAUGUGCAAGGAGGGUUUUUGUCUCUUGUGAACAGCAGUAUCUGUUUGCGUUAGCGCUUUUGCAUGGGCUUGGUUAAAUCCACAAGGCAGAGAAUUCUUAUUGAGUUAGUCAAAUUAAGUCAUUCUGACAUCACGGGAUGGACGGGGAUGUGCAAGGAAGCAAAGGAGACUGACAGUGGAAGAAGUACCUCCAACAAAACAACUUCAUAGUCCUUCGGGGAAACAGGCUAGACAGACAGGCAGGCCGGCCUGCGGAUUCCACAACUCGGACUGGGGUGAGUGCCUCCCUACCUCCAUUCUGAAUCUCUAGCCUCAGAUGACAUUAAGAAAAUGCUCUUACCAUGACGACAGAGAUGUAGACUUUAUGGAUAGGUUACAUCAAUUCCGAUUGAGUUAUAUUUGUCGACGUGUGGGUUAGAGCAAUGUUAUAGUCCUAAUUCUCUGGGAAUCAAACUAGAGCAGCAUAUUAUUUGAUGUUAUUCUGAGUGACAUAUUUUUGCAUUCACGUGUCAGUCAACAUGGUGCAUGUGCCUCGGUUGUUUAUGUCAUGAUAUAACUCCCGGGUAAAGGAAUCGACACUCAACCAUCCCACUCCAUCCAUGGCCAUGAUGAUUCAGAGCCAACUCCAUGUUUGCACCUCUCAAUAGGCUGUUCUGAAGUUGGCCAAAAAAGUAAGCAGAGGUAUUUGUGUAGUUAUCUGUUUCUGGCCUACAGAAUAAUUACAUAGCAGGCUUAUUGUCACACUAGGCUCCUCAUAGCUGUUACCUAUUUGACUCUUCUAUUAGUUGUUUAAAUGUGUGUCCUAUGUGGCACUACUUUCACCUUUUGUUUCAUAACUGCCUAUGUUGGGAAUUUCGGGAGUUGCUAAGAGUUUGUUCAAUCUGAGUCACAUGUCUCUCGUUGAUGCUCAGUGUCCUCGCAUGAUAGGAGAGAAAUGGAAAGAGCGGGAGGGAGGGGAUAUUUGGGUGAGGUCGUUGUCACAGAUGCCUCCCACAGCUGCCAGCUGCUGCCAUUUAUAAGACUCUGUACACAUCCAUCUCAAAAUAACCCCUUAGAUACAAGACGGAAGGAACUCUGAGAUGAGCAUACCACUGUGAUUUUUAUUUUGUUGCUACAACAUAACAACAUUGUGAGAAUAGAAUAAAUGAAUUGGACCACU